ACGGGAGGAAGGGAGACUUGAGCUUGGGAGACGGAGGUUGCCGAGAUGGAGCUGAGCGAGCAACUCUACAAUAAGUCCGAGUACAUCGAGACGGCAUCUGGAAACAAAGUCAGUCGCCAGUCAGUUCUGUGUGGAAGCCAAAACAUUGUCCUAAAUGGAAAGACAAUCAUAAUGAAUGACUGUAUAAUUCGAGGGGAUCUGGCAAAUGUAAGGAUUGGACGCCACUGUGUUGUGAAAAGCCGUAGUGUCAUAAGGCCACCAUUUAAGAAAUUCAGCAAAGGAGUUGCAUUCUUUCCUCUACACAUUGGUGACCAUGUCUUUAUUGAAGAGGAUUGUGUGGUCAAUGCAGCCCAAAUUGGUUCCUAUGUCCACAUAGGCAAGAACUGUGUAAUUGGCCGACGCUGUGUGUUGAAAGACUGUUGCAAAAUUCUAGACAAUACAGUAUUACCUCCUGAAACUGUGGUCCCACCAUUCACCAUCUUCUCAGGCUGUCCAGGACUCUUCUCUGGGGAGCUCCCAGAGUGCACCCAGGAGCUGAUGAUCGAUGUCACCAAGAGCUAUUACCAGAAGUUCUUGCCACUGACCCAGGGAGUUCUCCUCUCUAAGAUUUCUCAAGGCUGAGCAUCCCUGGUUUUCUCAAAUGAAGUGGUUUCCUGUUCCCUCACUAACCUGGUUAUCCUCUGGAAGAGUUCCAGUUCGUCAAGAAAACUGACUAUUACUUCCUUGGAUAUAUUACAGCCAAGAUGUUCCUCAAAAAAAAAAAACUAGCUAUUUGACACUAUUGACUUUUAUAGAGCUUGUAGUCAACUGAAACCAAUUGGCAUGUGAAAUGUUUACCAACGAGAUUUUCCCCAGCCUCUGCUUCCUUGCAUAAUCUAUUUUUUUAAAACCCAAAUGAAGAGCUUUGUAUGCAUCUCUAUCAAAUUUCACCUCAUUUUCGGCCCAAACUUUAUUUUCCCAAACUAAUUCUGAGCUUGAACUAUUUUGAUAGAAUUCAGAAAUGCUGGCCUAGGGUGGGGUGGGAGGGUAUAAAAUACCACAGGGAUGAGAGGAUCAUGGAUUACAAACUGGAAAGGGACCUUUAGAGGCCCUUUAAGACAACCCCCUCUUUGUACAGAUGACGAAAUAGGUCUUAGACCUUAAGUGACUUGUCCAAGGUUACACCAGUAGUAAUAGAAGUGGAAUUUGAACUCAGGUUCUCUGGCUCCAUAGCCAUUGUUUUCUCCACUCUACCACAUUGUCAUAGCUUUACCUUUGGGCCUUAUCCCUAUCUUGUGAAAUCUCAGUACCCUUGCUCCAAAAGGAUCGGGGAAUUUUGGGAGAAUCGGAAACAAUAUACAGGAAAUUAAGCCUUUUUCAUAUAGAAAAAUACCUUGGAGUAUUUUUAUGCAUAUAUAAUUUCAUUUUUAUACUUUUAAAGGGAAAUGUGUCACUAGCAUUUGCAUUUUCACAUGGAACCAAGUCAUCCAUGAAACACCAUUCUGUAGAACACAGUUUAGGAAAUACCAGGGCAGACCUUUUUCAAUUUUGAUUUCAUUUUUGUAUCAAUUAUUCCUUAAGUACCUUGGAACCUGUUGUUUUGUUCUUCUGAAGGGAAUGAACAAAAAUAUAUCUAUCUAAAUUGAGGCCAAAAAUGGUAGCAUAGCAAGCUAAAUAUAAGGCCCUGUUCUCUAAUAUUAAUAAUGGAUGCUUCAGAGCCCCAAGAGCUGGGAUAGAAAGUUGACCUACUCCCUUUGUGGUUCUCAUUCUCUGUGAUAGGUUGAUCCAUAGUGUUCUCAGUAUAGAAACAAGUUAGCAAAACAGAAAUGAAAAGAUGCCCAUAGUAUCAAAUAUCAAGAUGAUAAGAUUUCUCUGAAGGUGAAAAUUUUUAUUCCUCUUACCUUAAGGCAAAGGGCUUAGAACCUUUGAAUUUUCAACACUUCUGACAGCUUAGAUUUCACUAAGCUAUUACAGUGGGUAGAAGGUAAAAAAGGGCAAGAAAGCCUGCUUGAAAUUAUUUCUGUCCUCCUGGAGAAGAUAGAAAUAAAAAGGAAAAAGCAAACCGUGCAAUAAUCGAGGUUAGACGGACAUCUGUUUCCUAAGACAUUUAAAUUCCAACAGAUAAAAUAUGUGGUGACCUGAAGAUGCGUUUGUAAUGUUUAUUCAUCAAGCAUUCGUUGAGCUGAAACUAUGCCCAGCGCUCUGCCAGAUUGCUCUAGUGGAUAUAAAAGAUACACUCUCUUCCCAGAGGGAGGUUAUAAUAUAGUUGGAGAAAGAAGACCUGCUAUCAUAAAUAUAAAUAGUAAUAUAAGAUGGUAAAUGAUAAAUGUUAAAAUGAGUAUGUAUAGGCAGUAAGUCUUAGAAGUAUUCAGAUGAAUCCCAGCUCUGCCAUGGACUACUUUGUGUGACUUUAAGCAAGUCAUGUAACUUCUUUGGGCUUCAUCUAUAAAAUGAAAAGGUUAGACCUGGUGGAGGCACAGUCAAGGGCCAGGGAUGAUGGAGUGUUUCACAUGUAACAACCCAGAGCCCAGUUACUUGGGACCUAAACAGGGCACCCACCCCCUCCAUACUACCACACUGCUCUGAAAACUAGUUAAGACCCUGGCCUAGAGUCACUUGUUGAGUCAAACUACAUUGCACCUUGAAGGCAGGAAGCAAUUUUAGUGGCAUCAGUGUGGAAAAACACACAAAAGGCUAGAAUGCUGGAAACUUAUCUACUACCUGAACUCUAGAGCUUUUUAGCUUUGAUCUUAUUUUUUACCAGGUGACCCUGAGAUAGUUACAGAACUACCCCGAAAUUUCACUUUACACUUCCUCAUUAGAAAAACCAAGCUGAAAAAGGAAGGAAUACUUCUUACUGGACAUUUCCAAUUGGAUGUCCUGCUUAAAAAAAAAAGUGUCAUGUCCAAAAAACCUGUGGUGACCCCAACGCCCAAAGGACAAAGUCUUAACUCUAGCCCAACAGUCAAAACCUUCUACAACCUGGUUCCAACCUUAACUUCUACUGCUUUCCAAGCUGAACUGUUUGCUCCAGUUAAACUAGUCUCCUCCUUGAGAUGAUGAAUAGAUCCUACUUAUUCUCACCUGUUUUCUUUGUUCAUCCUUUCCUAUAUAACUCUUUCCUUCUGUGCUUCUGUCCUUCAGUGCCCAGCUCGAGUACUACCCUAACCACUGCUCUCUCCCUCAUCUGAAUUCCUGUGAUGUGUUAAAGCAGUUCUGCUGGUGAUGAAGCAGUCAGUCUGUUAAAUCACACCUCAAGUGCUGUUACCUAAGCAAGACAUUUCCUAAUUGUUAACACACACACGCAGUUAGGACCUCUUCCUUUUGAAGUUACUUACUUGUUGUAUCAACCCAUUUGGGAGUGUAAGUUCUUUGAGGACAGAGACUGUUUUAUUUUUCUACCCCCAGUACCUAGCACAGACCCUUGCACAAAGUAAGCAAUUAAUAAAUAUUUGUUGGAUUGAAUUGAAAAUAUACACAACAACCUAAAGAGAAGUCCAGACUUCUCUCCAUUGUUCUGAAACCCAAGUCUCUGUCCCUUCUGAUGUCCAGUCUGACUUUGAUUAUAGUAGAAAACAAACACAUUCCUCCAAAGUAUUGCUAAGCAUUCAUUUCUAUAACUUAAGUCCUAAAGUAUGAGUUCUCAAGCUUUUCCUAGUGUUAAAGAUUAGAUAGAUCUAGAUGUUGGUUUGGAAACACUAAAUUUGCAAAUUACUACCUUUUAUUUAGAUAGAUAUCUUGUUGAAAAGGUUUGCCACGCUAACUGUAAAUAUUAAGUCCCAGGACUUAUAUUUUCCUUUUCUUUUUCAUGUUCCUGUUUGGCCAUGAUUGGAUUUCUCUUAGGCCUCAGGCUUCUGGGCCCAUACUGAUUGACAACACUGCACUAAUUCCUUCAGUCUGCACUUUGCUAGGUGGAUUUCUCGGAGAAAACCUAGAGUAAUUCCUUGUAGAAAUAUUUUACCUGAUUGCUGCUGCCCCAGGGAAAUUUAGUUAUGCCCAUAAUGCCUUUUUGGACUUGAUUAGUGACUGGAAGAUCUUACAGGGACUCUAAUGAGUAGAGAAUGAAAUUAGAUUGAUCUGUGUAGGAAACCUAGCUCUCACUUUAGAAAUAAUGGAUCACUCCUGCUUCGUGUCCCCUGUGUGUAUUGCUCUGCAGAAAAUGAAAUGGUGGAAAACCUUCAGUAGAUGACCAGGUUAAGAAUUCACUUUCAAGCUGUCAAUUUCUACAGCACAUAUGUAAGUGCCCUGUUCAGAUGCUCCAUUUCAAGCAGCCAAUCACAAUCAAUAAUAAUCUCUGAUUAUGAAACAGGAAUGCUGGGGGAUUUUGAUUAAAUCAAGUACCAAGGGAGAUGACUUGGAUGAGAGAGAAUGGGUAAAAUCUGGGGAUUGGGGGUAGGAAAUGGUAACUAAUUCAUGAUGAGAAAAAGGCCAGAUUGUACCUACUUACAUGUUCCUGGAGAUCAAGUACAUUUCCAAGGCUUAAUGAAGAACCUGAUGUUCUCUCUUCCCCCUUUAGAUUUCACUCUUUCUUUGGAUAAUUCAACCCUCUAAGACCUAAAUUAAACCUUUUUUUUGUCUUUUAUCAAGGUGGCCCCAGCCAGGGUAUAAAAACAAACCGCCAAUGAAGACAUCAAAAAAGCAACCUGCUUAAAAUCCUUUAAAAAUUAGCCAUUUUAACCUCCAAGUACCAGCCUACCUGGCUCUCUUGGAGGUUUCUGACUCCAGAGUUCUCAUCACUUACCCAGGUUGAGAGGAUAAGGAAUAAGGGGGCCAGGGAGGAUGCAUUUUGUAUGGUUUCUGCUGCCUCAGGAAUAUUGAGCUUCACAGUCCUUAAUCCCUAAAGCCAUCUUGGAGCUGAUGAGGUCCUUGAGGAAACACUAGUGGGUGAAAAAUGCAAUUAGGUUGGUCUGUGUAAGAAGUUAAUUUUCCACUUCGAAAAUAAUAAAUUAUCCUUCUAUUGUG